UCUGUUUAUUUCGGUAUAGAAAAGUACAUAGCCUACGUAAGGGAGACAAUUCCCAGCACGGUCAUUAUCAGCGUUUUUGGGGCGGACCCCUUUCAAGCAGUUGUAGACCAACAAUUAUAGUUCUGAUGGUUCUUCUUGUUCUUCGCUCUAGGUUCUGCGAUCUCUAAUUGACUUCUGGUCAAAUCUAGCGCUUUUUACUGCCAGCGACAAACGUAUCAAGUCUAGAUAACAUCUAUUAUAAGAAGCAGCAGACAAUGUACUUGGAGUUUGCCAGCAGGACAUCCCGUUCUGGGCUUAUUGUCCUAAAACCUGAUAAUGAUCAGUAGUUUAAUCUUGUUGUAAACCCUCCAAUCUAGAAUAAGUUUCAUACCAAUAUUUAAAGCGCAGUGGUUCCGAUUCCGAAAUAGCAGACGAUACGUUUCGCAUGCAUGAUAAAUACGCAAAAUAUUCUUUUUUUCUUGUUGAUUCUUUAUUUUUGUCCAGAGCUACCGGAAAGAAUAUAUUAUGCUUACUUAAAACUUAUAUAUUGAAUGGCAUUUUAAUAAAUGACUCAGAAUUCAAGAGAAUUCAGCGCUGCGCGUGAUGUUGACCAUCCAUCGACUGCCUAUCCCACAAUACCCGGAAGUAAACAAGAGUACUGGCGCUGUGUCAUGGCUGACUGGGCCUGCCAAGAAGAAUUACCGCCGUUGGAAUUUGAGUUUUCAUCCUUGUUUGGUAGUGAAGAAGUUCUGCAGGUUGCAGUGGAGCGAUGUCCGUUGUGUGCUGGAACGGGCGGUCCUUUCUACUGCAGUAGUUGUACAAACAGCGGGUUGUUUAUUCAUUCUAAAGCAACCGUGCCAGAGAGGUACAUUGAUGUUCGUCAAAGAUUUGAUUUGCGGAACAAAGAGAGACAACUACUUGCCGAGAGAAUUAAGGAGAGUGUGUCCAAGCAGGAAGCAAUUCAGGUCAAACAGGAGGAGGUGGAAGGAUGCAGACAGCGAAUCAAGCUGCUGAAAUCAGCCAUCAGCUCUGCACUCACCAAAAACCAACAGUACAAAAAAGAGUUUAAGCGGCGAUGUCGAGAACGGGAGCAAAAAUCUGAAAGGGUCCAGCAAUUUAAGCAGAGGACCAGCAAAGCAAACAGGACUUUGAAGGUUGCCUGCCAGGACUUGCAAAAUAGGAGAAACCAGCAUGAGAAAGAGUCGGAGGUGCUGUGUGCGGAACGGAAGCGAGCAAUGCAUGAAUUGGUAGACUGCAUCUUUCCUAUGCAAGAGAUUACUCCAGUUUUUGCCUCGAGUCUGGGCCUAGACAGUGAGGGUCUGGCACAAAGUACAGUAACAGCCCUAAAGGAGGCAUGUCAGACAGCUUACCUGAGUGGACACUGGGUUUUAACUGACCAUGAGGGCAAUACUGCCUUCAAAAUUGUGGAGUCAACAGUUCCUGGCAAUGGUGAUUACUCAGCUGCCAUCAGCAAAGGAUCCCAGAGCAUGCUUGGUUGUGAGGAGCAGGAGAAUGAGAAAAGGCCCUGGGAAAAUCCUUCCAAUGCUGUGUUGACAGCACUCAGUCACUUGACACAGUUCACUAUGACAGCUGCAGAUAUUCUUCAAGUCUUUCUGCCUCGUCGCCUUUGUUUUAGCAAGUUCUGUGGAGGAGAACUCAGCGAAAGACAGUUACACAGUGCUGUCAGUCGCCUCAACUGUAAUGUGUUGGCACUAUGCUUAUCCCAAGGCGUGGAUGCUAGACAGCUGUCACUACGUCUCACAGUGCACAACAUUCUAGCUCUCUUUAAAGCUCCUCACUUGGGCAGAGAUCUGCCUUAUGUACAGGAGUGUUGUUUGGUUCGUGCUGUUGCGGAUGUCAGCAUCUCUGAUGAUAGUGAAGAUGAAGGAUGGACAGCAGAAAAUGAAGCUGUGGAUGAAGUGGACUGGGUUCGUGUCGAUAGAAACUUACCAGAGAUAAAGGUUCCAACAUGUGGAGGAGUUGCCUUCUCUUGGACAGUGAACACUGCUACCUAUGCUGGUCACAUGCUUGCGGAGACACAGUCCACUGCUAGUGGCCUCGUCACCUCUGCUGCUGCAUCUGUAGCCUCUUUCUGGCGUGCUGCCAGGAGUCGUUUUGAUCCCCUGUGAUUUCCAGACCUGACAAUUUUCAUUGUCUGUUGUGGCAUACUGCAUGGAGUGACUUGGAUCCCUGAUGACAGUGUUUUAAAAGUAAACAUCGGUGAGAAAAACAACUGAUGUAAAUACAAGAAAUGUAGCAUAUGCAGGAAGCGGUGUUGUAACAUAUUACAGGAGGUGUUUAGCAUCAAGAAACUAAGGAGUAACUCUUAAAGAGAACUUUGUGUAUAAUGAGCCAUCUUACUGUGAUUGAGCCAUGUAGUAAUACACCGGCAGAAGAUGUCAGCAGUGUGACAAAGUGCUUGUGGAGGAUUUCUGUUAUAGGUAAUUUGCAGGUGGGAGAUGUCUGCUAUACUUCAAUAUGCUGAUGAUUUGUAGGUUCAGAUUUUACUACACCACCACAAUUUUCUGAUGAUCUGUAGUUUGAGAUGUCUGCUAUAAUACAAUUUGCUGAUGACUUGUUGGUUGAUAUGUGUGUAUACCAUACUUUGCUGGCGAUAUGUAGGAUGGAGAUGUUUGCUGUCUCAUAAUUUGUUGAUGAUUUGUAGGUUGGUGAUGUCUGAUAUACCACAGUUUGGUGAUGAUUUGUAGGUUAAGAUGUGUGCUAUACAGUGAUUUUCUGGUGGUUUGUAGGUUGGAGAUGCAUCUGCUAUGCCAUGAAUUGCUAGUAAAAAAUAAAGGGCGAUGAGCACCAGGCAGCUAGUUUAAUCCUGGAAAUGGAGGUUUGUAGGUUGGAGAGGCUUUUGCUUUGCCAUGAUUUACUAGUAAAAACUGAAGGGCGCCAAGUGCCGGGGAUCAAUUAAUGCUGGAAGUGGACGUAGCCAUGAGUUAUGGUGGAAGUGGCUGGAUAGUACAAAGGGAGUGGCUGUGUUACACAGGCAUCAAAAUUAUCUACAAAAUGGAUAUUAUUAUCCUAAAUUGUAGUAAAAAUCUUCCAGAAAAUUACCUUCCAUCAACUUCUUUGCAUCAAAGGAAAAGCAUCUUCUGCCAAAUAAUACAAAAAGAAAGAUGAUGCCUUCAUCUCACUCUGUUGUAUUGGUUCAAAAGGAACUAAAUAAAAUACCUUAACUGAUACUGGUUAGUGAGACAAGCUUUGGGCUGGAGCCCACAGGGGAGGCGCAGGGUUGGGAGACCCAGGCAGACAUGAAGGAGAUAAGUCCACAACGAGACGGAGGCAGCUGGCAUGACAUGGUCCCUACUGGAAAUGGACACACAGAACUGGAUCCAAUGGCCGGUGUAGUUAAGCCUCUAUGCUCCACUGGGGGGCGGGGGGAUUAGGAACAGGAAGAAGAAGUGAUACUGGCAGAUACUUUAAGGGGCUUUAUUUUAUGAAGACCAAGAGACGAGGUUUAUUAAAGAAUGCUCGUAAAAUGUUGAAGAUGAGAAUUGCGCACGUGUGUGUGACCCGGGAGGUGGGAGAAGAUGGCACUCACAAGGGGAUCUAGUGCCACCACUGAUAAUACCAAGUGAUAUUUCAAGUGAUUUGGAACUCAAAAUCAUUUAGCAAUCCAUGGCAGUCAACUAGCCACUUUUAUGCCCUAAUGAUGUUACACAGUCACACUGCUGGGAUCGGUCCAGCUGACAUUACUGAGAAAGUGUAUUUCACACUUUGAUAACCAUGAGGGAGUUGGGCACAAGGUUAACACACUUUUAAAUAUUGGCAGAGGCUUCUAGCCUGUAAAUUUCGUAACCAAAUUGUAAACAAUUAUUUAAUAUUGCCAGACCCUUUUGGUUUGAUAGUUUAAAUACUAAUGGUCUACAGUUGUUUAGAUAAUAAUAAAUUUAAUAAAGUACAAGCAAAUUUAGGAAUCACAAGCAUUGAUAAUACUUUUAAUAAAAGCCUUUAAAACAGAGAAUUUGUUUUAAUAGAGUUUAUGCUAAGUAGCUGUAUUUGACUUUGUGCUUGUUUAAGUAUACUUGUUUUAUGUGCUGUGUAUAAUUCAAAAUCAGCCGACUUAAGGCAUUAAUGUAUCAAGCAGAUGUCGAAGUAAAUGUACACAGUCAAAAGAAACAGAUGGCCAGAACUGUUGACAGCAGCACUGAUAAAUGUGGUGUGUGUUACAUGACAGAAUUUAUUUAUUUUACAUUUAUCUGAGUAGAAAAGGUGAUGUUUGUACCAUGAGAUUUUCUUACUUGCCGAGGAAUCUUUGGGAACCUGUUAUUAAGAGUUUAUCUUUUGGCAUGUUUAAGUGUUAGUAUGUCAGUUAAUAGACACUGGCAAUUUACUGGGAGGUUGCCUAGCACCUAUAAUAGCAGACGGGACCCACUGUCUUGCUACCAUUGUGCAUUUUUUACAUGACCAGAUUUGGUGAUUUUUACAAAUACUGAAUCCUAGAAUCAAAUACAUAAACCGCUUUAGUUUAACCCUUCAAACAUCAGCAUGUACAGAAAGACUAUAACUAUAAUUUAAAAUGUUGAUACAUGUAGUUCUGAAGGCUGUGACUAUUGAUACACUCAUUUGAUAGUCACUAUCAAGAGAGCCGAAAAUGUGUUAAAUGGUUCAACCCAUGUUACAUAAAUAUUAUGUCACAGA